AUGUGUGUUUCACAACGAAAGUUUCAAUUAGAUACAAUUAUAAUUAAUCUGAUCAAAUCAUGUGGUUUCAAAGAUUCUAAUCCGGAUUGUAUACGUGUCCUUCGAACAUGUUUAUUCAACGUUUAUCAAGAUCUUCUAAUGCGAUUGAAACAACAUAUGGAAUCGCUGGGCUCGUCAGUCACAUUUCAAGAUGCUUUCGAACGAACAUUAGACGAAGUGCUGUCCAGCAAUCUACGAGAAUUGUAUUGCUACAUGAAACACGAACAUUGA